AUGAAUUAGAAGGACUUAUUGCCAUAAUCCGAUGUUAGAAAGAGGUAACAAUCAUGCACCGUCGAUAAGUUAUCUGAAAAUGACCUCAAAGAUUUUCACUUGGACCAUGUUAAUUUCAAUAAACAGAGAGUCUCAUUAGCAGUGAUUUGUUCCAAGAAUUAAUAAGACGAAUCCUUAGUUAAAUAUUAAAAGGCCAUUUUAGAAAAUAUUGACGAACUUAAAGAUGAAGCUCCUGAGGUUGAGUUCUAUUUGAUGGAAGUACACUUCCCAGGCAAACCUGAUAGGUCAAUUGCCUUGGAUUUACAAUUCGGAAUGAAGGAAAAUGAAAAAGCCCCGUUCAAAAUAAAGGAGGGGGAGGAGUAUUUUAUUAGAUUGCAUUUCAAAGUAAAAAAUGAUUGCGUUGUCGGAUUAAAGCUGUACAACACCACAAAAAGACAUGGAAUUAAAGUUGAUUCUUAUGAGGAAAUCGUGGGAUCUUUUGCUCCAAAGAAGCAUAUUUAAAUUUAUGAUAUGGAACAUUAAAUUGCUCCUUCAGGAUUUCUGGCCAGAGGAAAUUACAAAGGGAAAUUAUUAUUUGCUGACGGGGACGGUAUUGUUCACAUGUAGUUUGAUUAUUAUUUUGAAAUAUCUAAAGAUUGGUGAUGUUUAUAAACAGUAUUUAUAUGUAACUGUUAAUGAUGAAUAGUCAUUAUUAUUAA